CCCGGGGGUCACGUGAGGCAGGGAGGCCAGCUGGCAGCGGCGGAGCGGAGAGGAGAGGGGCAGCAGCGGAUGGGCGCCGGAGUGAUGGGGCAGUGCGGGAUCACCUCCUCCAAAACCGUCCUGGUCUUCCUCAACCUCAUCUUCUGGGCAGCAGCAGGCAUUCUGUGCUAUGUGGGAGCCUAUGUCUUCAUAACGUAUGACGACUACGAUCACUUCUUUGAAGAUGUCUAUACGCUUAUUCCAGCAGUGGUUAUAAUAGCUGUGGGGACACUUCUCUUUAUUAUCGGACUUAUUGGGUGCUGUGCCACAAUCCGUGAAAGUCGCUGUGGACUUGCCACUUUUGUGAUCAUCCUCCUCUUGGUUUUCAUCACUGAAGUUGUGGUGGUAGUUCUGGGAUACAUCUACAGAGCAAAGGUGGAGGAUGAAGUUGAUCACAGCAUUCAGAAGGUGUAUGAUGCAUACAGUGGGACAAACCCUGAUGCUGCCACCCGCGCUAUUGAUUAUGUACAGAGACAGCUGCGCUGUUGUGGGAGCCACAACUAUUCAGACUGGGAGAACACAAAGUGGUUCAAAGAAACUAAAAAUAACAGCGUGCCCCUCAGCUGCUGCAAAGCAACCAGCACCAAUUGUACUGGCAGUUUGACCCACCCAAUGGACCUUUAUUCUGAGGGGUGUGAGGCUCUAGUUGUAAAGAAGCUACAAGAAAUCAUGAUGUAUGUUAUCUGGGCAGCUCUGGCAUUUGCUGCCAUUCAGCUGCUGGGCAUGCUGUGUGCCUGUGUAGUGUUGUGUAGGAGGAGCCGGGAUCCUGCUUACGAGCUUCUUAUCACUGGAGGAACCUACGCAUAGAAGAUAAUGCAAACCUAAGCUUGAAUCUCUUAUUACUUGGAAGGUGAAUGGGCCUGGUCUACUGCAGUAGUUUUCCUGCCUAUGUAGACUUAGCUAAAACACACCCUGCACAGAUGAGGACAGCUGUAAUGUACACUGGUGAUGGGCAAAGCAGCGUGGCUUUCCACAUACCCACAUACUUACCUGUGACUCACUAUUGUAGCCAGCUAUUCAUGUAUCUAAAUAUAUUUUAGUAUACUGGCAAACUUUCUAACUUCAGAACCAUUUGCAGAUCAAGAUUAAUUUGGUUGACAUGAAAGUUAAAGGAAGUGUGCCUAAUUCGGUAGAUUACCUCUAAGCAUUAACUGACUGAUUCUUACAUAUAUAUGGAAUCCUUUUAAAUCUUCACUAUGUGGAACUUUUUUUGGCCAAAGUUGUACAAAGGAAGUCUGCUGUAUUUAAUUUGUGAUGGUAAAUAUAUUAAUUCUUACCUCUCACCAGUGUCGUUUUUUUUUAAAAAACAUAGGUAAAGUCCGGUACACUUUAAAGAUAAAUUGUAUGAAAUGACUACUAACCAAAAUAAUUUUAGAAUCACAAGUGUGCAUCUUUGAUCUUCUCAAAUUCAGAGAUCCAAUCUUUCAAAUUUUAGUGUUUUAAAAUAAAGCUGGCUUUUCAGGAGCAAAAUGUAUGCACUACUGUUCUAUAAUGAAUUUUCAUUUUUUCUAUGAAGAGCUGUUUUGUGUUGAGUGAACUGUUAUAUUGUAGAUCUUAAGUUGGUUUGGAAAUGUAGCCAUGUAGGAUAGCAAAUAGUAUGUGAAAGUGAUCUCAACUGUAAAUAGUAAACCUGAUUAAAAUCUCUGUAUAUCCUCCCUCAAAACAUACCUGCUUGUAUUGCAUUUUUUUUUUAAGAUUUCAGCACAUCAAACCCUCUAUUGCUACAGCUCUGUUAUGAAAGCCUCUGUUUUAUCGACAGAUCUGAAUAUUCUGAUGUCUGAUGCACUAUUCUCUGGAUAAAUGGUAGGCCACUUAUGGAUUGUAAAUGCUUGAACAUGUUUCACCAAGGAGCUAGUACUUUAAACAGGGUGGUAACAAAGUUAUCAUUCUCUUUGGAGAGAAGUUUUAAAAGCACUUCUCAAAGGGAAAUUAUAAUCAGAUAUGGGUAAUGCACCUAAGAUGCAUUUUCAAAACUGAUUUAGGCACUUAAGAGCCUAGUUCCAAAGUCGGUUUUGAAAGUGCAACUUAAGCAUUUUUUAACACUUUACCCCUGUUCUAUUCCGAGCACUUACUUCCCCCAUUCACCUUACUGCUCCCAGUCUUGCUUUCCCAUCACCCACUAUGUGGUGCUGCAGAGGCUCUGCAACAAUUCUGUAACUGGCAGUGGUCUAGACACAUCUGUAGUAUCAAUCAUUGGAGGAAGGCGGAACAGACUAAAUAGCAUAAGGGAGCAGACCUGGCAAGAAGAUGUCAGUCUGAAGAAAUUAGGAGAGCUGGUGUGGGGAGUCAAAAUGGAAGGGGAAUUCAAACAGCAGUCUUAAAGAUUUUGGGGAAGAUACCUAAGGGCUCCUGGAGACAAGGAGAAAACUAACUGAAGCAAUGAGGAAAACAUAAGAGCCCCAUUCUACAUGUCUGGAAAUACCUCAUGAAAUGAAGGUUGUGAACAAGUUCCAUGAUAGCUACACAUGUUCGCGUGUGGUGGUGCUAAUUUUGAUGGAAUAAGUGGGACUGUUUAUUCCAAGGUAAUAACAUGACUGUAUCACUGUACAAUACUAAACAAUUCAGUGUGGUUCAGGGUUUCGAGUACGAAGACCAUGGCCUGCUAACUCCCUGCAAACACACACAUUCAUGCCAAAGCUUGGAAACUUAUUGAGUUUAGUUUCCAGUUCUCUGUGUAUUCAUAUGCACACUGUGUAUAAAGGUGUAUUGAACUUUGAGUGAGUUAUGCAAAACAAAGUUAUGAACUUUCACUCGCUUUUUGACAACUGAGCUUGCAAUUGUGGCAGAUUUGUUAGACCCCAUUUGUUAGAACAGUAUCUUCUCCUCCUUCUCCCCCCCCCCCCCCCCCGGCUCUAGUCUGUUUUAAAUCUAACUGUCUCCCAGAACAUGGGACAUGCCUGUAUCAUAGGUGUAGAAGUGACUGCCAGCUUUGUACAAGUGAAGGUGGAAUUGCCACUCUAGAGGCUGGAGGAGUACAAAAAGUCCUACAAAGUUUUAGACUGUGUUCAUUUCAUUGUUGGACAAUAAACACUUCUGUAAUUGCUAAGUGA